AUGGGGACGGGGGCGGUUGGGCUUUUAAAGCAUAAAACCGCGGGAAACUUCGCCACGCCAGGCAUUGCAGAACAAGAGGCCUUCGCAAAGAGGCCAUUUGACACAGCUACCAGCAGCAGUAGCAGCAUGAAUGACGAAGAGAUUGGAGAGAAGGAUUCCGAGGAUUUCCUCACCAACCUCUUCCAUUCUUUACUCAAUAAUGGAGGAGAAGAAUCUUCUUACAAUCAUGUCAUGGAGCUCAGCCGGUGGGUGGUGCUGGGAUCCAUCAUUGGGUUUGUUGGUGCAGCUCUUGGCAGCAUUGGUGGCAUUGGAGGAGGAUGGAUCUUUGUGCCCAUGCUCCCCUUGAUCAUUGGAUUUGACCCCAAGACAUCAACAGCCAUUUCCAAGUGCAUGAUCAUGGGUGCUGCAGGAACAACAGUAUACUACAACCUGAGACUGAGGCACCCAACCAUGGACUUACCAAUCAUUGACUAUGAUCUAGCACUGUUGUUUCAGCCCAUGAUUAUGUUGGGCAUCAGCAUUGGAGUUGCUUUGAAUAUAAUCUUUCCAGAUUGGAUGCUCAUUGUCUUCCUCAUCAUCCACUUCCUAGGAAGCUACAAGUCUCUAGGCUUCACAAAGAAAUGGUGCAGAACUGGAAUACAAGGCACUCCCUGGGGCUCUCCUGCUAAUCCACAAUGUAGAACUUCAUCAGAUGAUGAGGAUAACAUCUACUGGAAGGAAUUAACAGUUCUUUCAUCCGUAUGGGCAGCAUUUGUGGCAGUCCAGAUAGUCAAGACAUACACCACACAGUGCUCCACAGAGUAUUGGGUUCUAAACAUCAUGCAGGUGCCAAUUGUUGUUGCUAUCACAAUCAAUGAAACUAUCGGCCUCUGUGAAGGAAAGAGAACCAUUGCCUCAAGGGGCAACCUAGAAACCAAACGGAAGAUUCAUCAGCUGCUUGGGUUUGGAGGAGGGCUCAUCCUUGAACCAUUGUUUCUUGAAAUGGGAGUUCCUCGACAGGUUUCCAGUGCAACAUCAACAUUUGUAACGACAUUCUCAUCAUCAACAUCUGUCAUCCAGUAUUAUCUGCUUCAUUGUUUUCCAGUCCCAUUUGCUGCAUACUUUGUGUUCCUCUCUAUCAUUGCGGCUUUCACAGACCAGCACAUGAUCCGAAGACUAAUUAUACUCCUAGGCCGAGCUUCCUUAAUCAUCUUCAUUCUAGCCUUGACCAUCUUUGUUAGCGCCAUCAGUCUAGGCAAGGACAGUCUUGAUUCUGAUGCUUUGAAGUCUCAAUCAUUUUGGAUGUCUAAUAUAUUGCUUUGGGUUGCUACAGGAGGUGUUGUUGUGGCACACAUGGUGGAAAAGUUAGAAAGGAGACAACACAUGGGUUUUGAGAAUUUGUGCUACUGUUCCUAA